AUGACAUUAGAAAAGAUCACAAAAAAUAAAAACUAAGUCUGUUAGAUUUUGAAAUUUGUGGAGAUUAUAUUAUCUCUUUUCUCUAACAAAAAGAAUAAAUGCAACUACAAUCAGAUUGAAUAUAAUUCUAGUUUCAAUUUGUCAUUUUAAAUGUUACAAACUUAUUAGGUAAGGAAUAUAAUGAUUUUGAUCGUGAUCAAAUAGGCUACUACUAAUGAUUCAAAUAUAAAAGAAAGCUAAAACUCAUUUUACUCAAAAGUUGGUAAAUCAUGUCAAUCCACUUAAGAAACACUUUAAAAAGAAUAUAUCGUUAACUAUAGUCUGAUGAAAAUCUUAAAUCAAUAAUCACAGGAUAGACUGCUUGAAAAAUAAUUAAACAUUAUAAAAGAUAGUUUUAUUUGAGAAAUUGCUUUAUGGAUAAAUCAUGUAAAUUUAUUAUAAGAAUUAAAAAAUGAAUAUCGAAUUAGAACAUUUUAGUAUGAUACCCUAGUUAUUGAAAUAAAAAUAUAUUUUAGAUUGUAGAGAAAAAGAAAAAUAUUAUAAGAUAUUCUUUAUUCAUUGUUAAAUGAUUUUGAAUUAAAAUAGAAAUAUUCUAUUGAUAUCUAAAUAUAAAACCACUCCGUCAAGGAUUAUUACAAAUAAAAUUAGCAGCUUUCUAAUAAGAAAUUACAUAAUAAUUAUGGACUAAAAUAGAUUAAAUUUAAAAUUAAUAUGAUAAAAUAGUUAACAUAAGAAAAGAAUUCUUUUUCAUAAAGUUAUUUUAAAUAACCUAAAAAUAUUUUCUAUCAAUUAAAGUUGGAUAGUUGA